AUGCACAGGAUAUAUCAGAAAGAGAGGGAAUGCAGUGAAAUUAAUAGUGUAUGUGAUCCUUCAAUGGUAGAGCAGUUGAUUAUUGCGCAGAGUGCGGUAAUAAACACAAAAUGGACACUUAAAACAGCAGAACUACCAAAGGGGUCAGACCUAACAGAGACAGAAUUAUACAAAAAAGUGGAUAUGAUGUAUUCCACAAGAAAACACGAUAAAAUACAGACGGACAUUCUGCAAGAGAACAAGAAAUACUUCAAUUUUGAGUAUUUCAAUGGGGUGCAGUCUUUGGCUCUGGAUACAUUAUAUAACACAAGAGAGAACAGUUUAAUAGCAGCUCCUACUGGCACAGGAAAGACAGAACUUGCAAUAUUAGCCAUUCUUAAAGAAUAUCAGGCAUAUGGUAGAGAAUGUUUUAUUGUUAUCCUGGCCCCUACUAAGCCAUUAAUAAAUUCAUUAGAGCAGACACUUAAGAAUAGAGUGGGUGAAAUUCUAAGUGUAAUGCAAGAUACGACAGAUAAUGAAAGAGUAGCAAGAUACGAUACAAAUAUUCUUAUUACUACACCAGAACGGUAUGACAUUCUUACAAUGAAAGGAAGAGUAUCACCAAGUCUGCUAAUUAUUGAUGAGAUUCAUAUUUUAGAGGAGAGCAGAGGAGGAGCGCUAGAAAGCGUUAUUAUUAGAAGUAAAGGGGUAUAUGGCAUGCGAAUAGUAGGCAUAAGUGCCACUGUGCCUAAUUAUAGAGAUGUGGCAGAAUUUAUUUCUGCUAAGGAGGAGCACUCUUACUACUUCAAUUACCUGUUUAAGGAAAUACCCAUAAAAUACAGUGUUAUUGGGAUAAAAAAGGGAAAUAAGACAGUGAAAAGAAUAAAAAGGGCAGAAAAGCAUUCUACACUGGAUUCUGACUAUUCUAAUAAGAAUAGUGUGAAUAUAAGUAAAGGCAGGCAUUUAGAUGAAAAUAGUAAAGAAGAUGAGUCUGCUUGUUAUAAUGACAAUUCUUAUAAGUACCUUAAUGCACUGCAUAAUACACUCAUGGAAAUAAGCGGAAAUACUCUAAUAUUUAUAAAUAAUAGGAAAGAAUGUGUUUUAGUGGCUGAGUACAUAAGAAAGAAUAUACUCAAAAGUACUUGUAAAGUACUUGAUCUGUCUACAAUACUUAAUGUGGUAGAAUCGUCCAUUCCAGAUGCACUGGCGGAUAAAGAGCAAUUUAUAUGCGGUAUAAAGGAAAUGCUAGAACUUCUCUCAUAUGGAAUUGCUGUGCAUCAUGCAAGUAUAUCAAAAGAGGUAAGAAAUGCAGUUGAAUUGCUUUUUAAGAGGGGGCUUAUUAGUAUUAUAUGCUGUACUAGUACACUGGCCUGUGGUGUAAAUCUUCCUGCUAAUAAUGUGAUUAUAUACAAAACAAACAAGCCAGUUAUUGGCCAAGCAUAUACACUCGCUGAAAUAGCGCAAAUGAGUGGUCGAGCUGGCAGGAAGGGCCAUGCUGCAUCUGGUUCUGCUGUGAUUAUAACACAAGAGGAAGAUAUUGCUGCGUAUUCUAAGGCAAUUACAUUUCAGUUUCCAGUAGAGAGUAAAUCUGCUGAAACUCUCACCACAAGAGUACUGUAUGAAGUUGCAGUUAAGUUUAACCAGGAAAACUGCCAAAAAGAUAAAACUACAACUAAAACCUGCACAGAUGUAAAAGAGAUACUUCCUUCGAAUGAAACAGACCGUAUACAUUCUAUGUGUAAUAAUCAUAUAUGUCCUAGCAGAAAAUGUAUUCCUGUUACUACAGAGUACAUUAUAUCUUGGGUUUGCAUGACAUAUGGAUACAUUCGUGGAAUAAAGCAUAAUGAAACAAGAAAGUACUACACCCAUACAAAUGAUCUGAUUAAAAAUAUAUUAGACCAGUUGUUUAAAUGGAACAUGAUAGAGUGCACAUAUAAUAUCCAACCCACUGCACUCGGUAAUAUAUGUUAUACUUUCUAUCUCUCGCCCAUCACAGUCUAUCAUAUACAGCAAGUAUUUAUGUCUAUUACAGAGUAUAAGAUAGAUCUUGAUGUAGGAGAUAUCUUAUUACUGGCUAGUAUAACAGAUGAUUAUAAAGACUUAGAAAGAAAUACCACAGAAUACAGCAGUAUACGCUAUCCUAUACGACAUAAAAGCAGCCACAUACAUAAAAUAGUACACACUGCAACAGAUAGAGAGAUUAACCCAGCUGUAUCUAUAAUCAUACAGAGGUAUAUAGAUAAUUGCAAUGGAAAUGUGUUUGAUUCUUUCAGUGCUAAAGUACUUUCUACUAUUAACAGAGUACUAGAAGGCAUUCUGAGCAUAGGUAAAAUUUAUCUCAAUAGGUCUAUAUAUUCUAUUAUAGAUUUAUUAAAGAGUAUAAACACAAGAGAGUGGAAAUAUUCAAAGAAUAGAAAUAAUUUAAAUGUAUCCAUAGAAUUAAAUAAUUACACAUUAACAAUAACCAAUCCAAGCAAAGACAAAUUAUUCAUUGAAAUAGUAAAUGAAGAUAAAAUCAUACAUAGAGAUAUAAUGAGAAGAAGAAAGUACAAAUAUGUAAUAGACCAAAUACAUAAUUGUUUUUUAAUAAGAAUAGAAUCAUUCACUAUAUUUACUAAUCCAUUCUCAUUAUACAUUACAAACCCUUCUUUAUUCACUAAAUAUCCCCAUUCUUAA